CACUGUCAUUUACCGUAACAGCUGAUUUUUGUUGAUACUUUUGAGGAAAACAUUUUCCCUCGAAAAUCACCCUUUUUUCGACAUUCAAGCGCAAAAAGUGACCAAAACCAACGAAAUGGGAACCUGGGUGCUGGAGGUGGCCAAGAUGGGCAUGUACAUGGCCUUCCCCGUGACGCUGUUCCACCUGUUCAACCAGCCGGAAUAUUUCGAGGAGUGGGUGACCAAGAAGAAGCGGGAGCUCUAUCCGCCGGAGAGCAAGAGCCACCACGAGGAGCUGCAGCGAGCGAUACGGGAGCACCACGCCCAGCACGACGCCAAAAUGAUGAGGGCCAUGGAGGAGGCCGAGGGCAAGAAGAAGUAGAUGACUCAGUAUACCACCAAUCCAGGCACUAAUCCCUCGUUAUAUAACUGGGGGCAAGCAAACAAAACAACCGAUGCUCCGGAUGGAUGUGACUAACCGCCCUGUAACGACGUAAUAAAGACUUGUAUUCAACCGAAAAACACACUCGAA